UCAGUGUUUAUCUGGUCGUCAUGGCGGAGGGACGUGGAGAGCAACUGCCUCAGCCGCCGCUGCAUCUAUCUUUACCCCCGGCCAGCAAGCGACCGUGCUUGCGUCCCGCUCCCCGAGGCCCGGGUCCAGGGCCCGGGCCGGGUUUUUCGAACUCUCGGUUGCGCAGCCCGGAGUCUCUGUUGGACUGUGCCGCUAAGGCCGUUGCGGAGAAAUGGGCCUUCGAGAGGGUGGAGGAGCGCUUCGAGCGGAUCCCGGAGCCGGUGCAGCGCCGCAUCGUCUACUGGUCCUUCCCGAGGAACGAAAGGGAAAUCUGCAUGUAUUCGUCGUUUCAGUGCCGCGGAGCCGGCGAGGAGGGUCCCGUUGUCGGCUCGGGAGCUCCCGUUGGAUCUGGGGCCGUCCCCGGUGGAGUACCCAGCGCUGUGGGGACCGCGGGGGCAGGGGCAGGGGAUGGACUGCCUUUCCGCAGGGGAAUCCGGCUUUUGGAGAGCGGUUGCGUGGAAAAUGUGCUGCAAGUCGGGUUCCACCUCAGUGGCACAGUCACAGAGCCGGCCUCGCAGUCGGAGCCGGAGACCACCCACAAGGUGGCCAUCAGCUUUGACCGCUGCAAGAUCACCUCCGUCACCUGCGGCUGCGGCAACCGGGACAUCUUCUACUGCGCCCACGUGGUGGCGCUGUCCCUAUACCGCAUCCGCAAGCCGGAGCAGGUCAAGCUGCGGCUGCCCAUCUCCGAGACGCUCUUCCAGAUGAACCGGGACCAGCUGCAGAAGUUCGUUCAGUACCUCAUCACCGCCCACCACACCGAGGUGCUGCCCACCGCCCAGAAGCUGGCCGACGAGAUCCUCUCCUCCAACUCCGAGAUCAACCAGGUCCACGGUGCCCCCGACCCCACGGCCGGGGCCAGCAUCGAUGAUGACAACUGCUGGCACCUGGACGAGGAGCAGGUCAGGGAGCAGGUGAAGCAGUUCCUGUCCCAGGGCGGGUACUACGGCUCGGGCAAGCAGCUCAACUCCAUGUUCGCCAAGGUUCGGGAGAUGCUCCGGAUGAGGGACUCGAACGGGGCGCGGAUGCUGACCCUCAUCACGGAGCAGUUCAUGGCCGACCCCCGCCUCUCCCUCUGGAGGCAGCAGGGCACAGGCAUGACAGACAAGUGCAGGCAGCUGUGGGACGAGUUGGGUGCCCUGUGGGUGUGCAUAGUGUUGAACCCGCACUGUAAGAGCGAGGAGAAGAGCGGCUGGCUCAGGCAACUCAAGAAGUGGAGCGACAUGGACGUCUGUCCCCUGGAGGAUGGCAACUAUGGCAGCGAGCUGCCCAACAUCACCAACGCCCUGCCGCAGAGCAACCUGAACCAGGACUCUCUGGCGCGGCCCCGGAGGACAGUGUUCACGCGGGCGAUGGAGGCCUGCGACCUGCACUGGCAGGACAGCCACCUGCAGAGGAUCAUCAGUAGCGACUACUACAUGAGCCCGUCCUACCAGAGAGAGGGGGAGAGCCUGCUGUUCAACCAGCAGGGCCUGCCGCUGUGGCUCGACCACGUUCCCACUGCGUGUGCGCGUGUGGAUGCCCUGCGUUCCCAUGGUUACCCCCGGGAGGCGCUGCGUCUGGCCGUGGCCAUCAUCAACACCCUGCGCCUGCAGCAGCACCGCCAGCUAGACAUCUACAAGCACCAGAAGAAAGAGCUGCUACAGAGGGGCGUGACCACCACCACCAAUCUGGAGGGCUGGGUGGGCCACCCGCUGGACCCCAUUGGCUGCCUCUUCGGGACCCUCACGGAGACCUGUCGCCUGGAGGACGACAACGCCAUGGAUACGGGAGAUUCUGGGGAACCCAAGCCCCCGGUGUACCACCACGUGCCCGUGUGGGGGUGCCCGGACGGGGGCGAGUCGUACCUGUGCCUCGCCCUGGAGGUGGCGCUGAUGGGCAUGGGGCAGCAGAGGGUGAUGCCGGAGGGGCUGUACGCCCAGGACAAGGUGUGCCGAAACGAGGAGCAGAUCAUCGCCCGGCUGCAGGAGAUGGAGCUGGACGACCUGCUGGUGCAGACCCUCCGCAAGCAAGCCAUCCUGCUCCUGGAAGGGGGUCCCUUCAGCGGGCUAGGCGAGGUCAUCCACAGAGAGAGCGUCCCCAUGCACACCUUUGCCAAGUACCUGUUCUCGGCCCUGCUGCCCCACGACGCAGACCUGGCCUACAAGCUGGCCCUGCGUGCCAUGAGGCUACCUGUCCUGGAGUCCACGGCCCCCUCAGGUGACGUCGGCCACCCACACCAUGGCAUCUCCAUGGUACCCAGCCGUUACCCGCGCUGGUUCACCCUGGGCCACCUGGAGUCUCAGCAGUGUGAGCUGGCCUCCACCAUGCUGACCGCCGCCAAAGGAGACAUGCUGAGGCUGAGGACGGUGCUGGAGGCCAUUCAGAAGAACAUCCACUCCUCCUCACUCAUCUUCAAGCUGGCCCAGGAUGCCUUCAAGAUCGCCACGCCCGCCGACAGCCCCCCGGACAUCACGCUGCUCAACGUGGCGCUGGAGCUCGGCCUGCAGGUGAUGCGGAUGACUCUCUCCACGCUCAACUGGAGACGCAGGGAGAUGGUGCGCUGGCUUGUCACCUGCGCCACCGAAGUUGGCCUGCGAGCUCUGGUGAGCAUCCUACAGGGCUGGUACACCCUCUUCACGCCCACCGAGGCCACCAGCAUAGUGGCCGCCACCGUCAUGUCCCACAACACCAUCCUGCGCUUGAGCCUGGACUACCCGCAGCGGGAGGAGCUGGCCAGCUGCGCCCGCACCCUGGCCCUGCAGUGCGCCAUGAAGGACCCGCAGAACUGCGCCCUCUCGGCCCUCACCCUCUGCGAGAAGGACCACAUCGCCUUCGAGACGGCCUACCAGAUCGUCAUCGACGCCGCCUCCACCGGCAUGACCUACUCCCAGCUCUUCACCAUCGCCCGCUACAUGGAGCACCGCGGCUACCCGCUGCGGGCCUUCAAGCUGGCCUCGCUGGCCAUGACACACCUCAACCUGGCCUACAACCAGGACACGCACCCGGCCAUUAACGACGUGCUGUGGGCCUGCGCCCUCAGCCACUCACUAGGCAAGAACGAGCUGGCCGCCAUCAUCCCCCUGGUGGUGAAGAGCGUGCACUGCGCCACCGUGCUGUCGGACAUCCUGCGGCGGUGCACCAUGACGGCGCCCGGCCUGGCCGGCAUCCCCGGUCGUCGAAACUCGGGGAAGCUGAUGUCCACCGACAAGGCGCCGCUCCGGCAGCUGCUGGACGCCACCAUCAGCGCCUACAUCAACACCACGCACUCGCGGCUCACGCACAUCAGCCCGCGGCACUACGGCGAGUUCAUCGAGUUCCUGAGCAAGGCCCGCGAGACCUUCCUCCUGGCCCAGGACGGACACAUCCAGUUCGCCCAGUUCAUCGACAACCUCAAACAGAUCUACAAGGGCAAGAAGAAACUCAUGAUGCUGGUGCGGGAACGUUUCGGCUAACCCCCGUCCUGGAAGGGCGUGGCCCAGAGGAGGGGUUUGUGGGGGUGGGGUGGACCGAUCAGCCGGAAUUUUUUUGGUUUUUGUUUUUCUUUGUGAUUUUCUUUGAGUAAACACCGUUCACAAUGUCAUUCUACCAGGUAGAAAAUUAUGGGGGGACAAAAAACUUAUGUAGGUGAAAACGAUGGAAGUAUUUUUCUUUUUCUAAGUUGUAAUUUAGUUAAAAAAAAGAAAAGAAAUUGUACAAAAACAAAGGAGUGGCACAUACAGAGAAAAAAACCAAAUGAUCUGUGGAGUAUGGAGCCAGGUGAUGCUCCCCCUCUUGGCGUGUGGCGGUUUUCAGGAGUUCUUGAAACAUCGGGAAGAGUCGUUACCAAAACCCAGACGGGCAGAGUGUUAUCCAUGUACCUCUAUCGUAUUCCGAGGAUCAGCUUUAAGGCCCCGGAGAGGGAGCCUGGAGGAAGGAAGGGAACACAGAGUGGGAGCACCAAACCUCCGUGCAGCGUGCCACCAAAACACCCACCUGCAGGACCCCGUCCCGCCCGCCGAUCUCCAGACGCCGGACCGAGCCACAGGCGUGACUUCUCCUCCUCCUCCUCCUCACGUUUAUUUAUUCUAGUUUUUUGUAGCUUUUUUCACUUUCAAUGAAGGUACUUUUCAGUGGUGAAAGGAAUACCGUAUUACUCCAAAUUAACAUCUCCGCUGGUCACACGCCGCCCUCGGGGGGCGGGCAAGCCCCGCGAUUGUUGCCAGGGUUACGCAGACGCUGCUUCUGCUGCUGCUGCAGUCCUGAACGACAGGGGUUUUCACAUUGCUGAAAAACACGCAGCGUUUUCCACUGUUGAAACAGAAAGCUGUGGUUUUGUCCCUGACGGUGUGCCUCAGGGGCCAGGAAGCUGGGGGCGGUGGCACUUCCUAGAUCCAGGCCUGCUGUUACUUACAUGCCACUCAAAUUGUAUGUGAUAAUUUCACGUCUUUUUUUUUUUUUUUCUACGGAGAUUCUGAAUGAGAAAAAUCACUGAAAUGACUGAAAAGGAGGCUGGAAAAGGAUCGGGAUUGUGGGAUUGUUAGUGUGACGUGAGCACUUCACAGGUCCCGGUCUGCGAGACGUUUGCAAAACCCAUUUGUGAUUUGUGUCCUGAGAGAAUGCGUGAAGGGGUAAGCGUAUGCAAAUACCAUCAUGGUUAACAGGAGCAGCAUGAAGCCAGCGUUCAUCUCGACGUGGAACCUGAGGAUGGCAGUCCUGGCGAGGUGGCAUCCUCACUGCUCAGACUCCACCCUCAACACAACAGCUCGAACACUCUGAAUGCCUGCUCUGGCUUUUUAUUUGAGGUAAUACGGUAAGAAAGCAAAACAGAAGAAAUGCUAAACUCCGUUCUCAGGGAAUCACUUAAAGAAACGAAACAAAAAAAAUGGUAGCAAAAGCAUUUAUGAUAUUGUAAAUAUGAAAGUGUCAAUUCAAAAAAUUGUAAAGUUAUAAUUAUUUAUGAUAAUUGUAUGUCUUUUUUUUCGGAUACUUGAAUUUGUUGUGGGCUGAAAAUGUGAUGACGGUAAGAGGAAAGACAUUUCUCAGGUGCUCCUGUGUUUUUUUCUGAUUUAUUUUGUAUCUUGUUUUUUUUUGCAAUAUGUUGUGCAAGAGGAAGCAUGUAAUAUAGAGAUUGAAAAAGGAGAAGAAAAAUAAACAAGAACCGAAAGCACCAGACUAUGCAGAACCACGUUUGAGCAGCGCCCUUUCCCUCCCGACCCCUCUUCUGAAUGGAGGUUCUGCUGGGGCAAAGGUCAAGGGGGCGUGGGCCAACACCCAAGACCGAACUGACAUGAGGCAGCAUGUUUGUGUGUUGUUUAUACGCAGCUCACCCAAACGGCUAACGGGAUGGACUUUGCCUUCGACAGAGAGAUAUAUUCAGUUCUUUUUCGGACUUUAGCCUUAGUAUCCUCUGAGUGUGUUACAGUAUGGCUUGCCAUUGGUUGAAGAAGAGAACUGGGAUCCAGAACCAUAGUAUGCUGUGAUGCACGAGGGGCCAGCCGGGGGGCGUGGCUUUUAGGCCAGCCAACCAGGGUGCUCCCUGUGUUCGCACACCUGCCUGUACCAAUGGCAGGAGAGAGUCCUCCACCUGGAUGUCCACUGUGUAUAACCUCCCUUGCGUUUCUCCAGCCUUGGUCCAUGUGUCCCCACACUGCUACAUUCACAGGAGACAGGAAAGCUGGGAACGUCAGGUUGGGAGCCCCGAGUGGUCGUUGGGUUAUUCCCCGAGUUCUGUUUUGUCAUAGGAUCUUUUUUUUUUUUUUUUUAAUGCAUUUUUUUUCCCCUCCCAACAUUCCUGUGUUGGUAUGAGUAUAUAUACCCCCCCGCCCCACAUGGAUUGAGAGGGUCUAUAAACGGCCGUUCUGGUCUGUUGCCCUCCAUGUGCAAGCACAAACACAACAGCUGCCGUUAGGAGAGGUCUGCUAGCAAACCAAGAGGGGGAAGAGAAGGACUCUUUCUUUUGAGGAAAAAAAAAACUUUGCUUUUCGCAACCUGUGCUGCAGUACGUUGUAAGAACCGCCUGUUACAUACACGUCCAACUCGGCAAUGUUUCCUCUCCGCUCCCUGUUCUAUAGUUAAACUAGUUGGUCCAAACGCAUCGCAAAAAAAAAAAAAAGGAAACUUAUUUCUUUUCUGGUUUUGAUUUCUCUCUCUCUCCCACACCCUAAGUGUCUAUAUGUGUACCAGUGUUUUGACCUGUCCCUAGAAUUUAGAAGGAAAACAUAAGCGCUGGUAGAGGUUGUUCACUAGUUUAUCUACUGUUUUAGAUUUUUAAUUUAAGAGAAAGUGUUCGUCGCCUCUUCGUGCUACUGAAUAAAAAAAGGAAGGUAUCCAGUAUUUGUUGCCACAGAAGUAUCGUUCAUCAACAACACUUUUUGUUUGUGCAACCUCUUGAGCUAAUGUCUAUGAAACAAAAGGUUUAUUACUAUUUAUGUAAUGCUUCUACCAUUUUAUAUGAUUUGUGUUGGAA